CUUGUUUGACGAUCGUUGGUAAGGCCAACGGAUCUGUUCUUUCUUUGCCCAUCCGUCGAACAACGCGAUGGGUUUAGCAAACCAGCUGUGCGACGAACCACACCACGAUCAACAGUUGUUUCGGCGUUGGAAGUGUGCAAGCAAAACCUUUGCUAAGCACUGUACGUUUGGUUAUCAACAAACAUCAUGGAACAAACACCACUGCAACCGUCGAAAAGUAUCGCCCGCACCAUGCCGGCAUUCGGUGGUUAGCUCUCGCAAGUGUCGCACAGUUCCAGUACGCGGUGUGGAAAAAGUAGUCGUACGGCAAUGACUAAGAAUCUGUCGAAUCUGCCGAUCGAGGAGAAGGAACGUUUCCUUGACUCGUUCGACAUUGUCCAGACGGACUGUGAUGGUGUGCUAUGGCUUUUGGGAAAUCCGUUCGAUGGUGUGGAACGCGCCGUACGGGCACUGCGAACCAACGGCAAGCGGGUUAUCUUUGUCUCGAACAACAGUGUCCGGCCGAUGGAGGACUACCGGGCAAAGCUGGACAAGCUGACGGACCACACCGUGGACGAUGACGACAUCAUUCAUCCAGCGAAGAUUGUGAUCCAGUACUUGCGAGAGAUAAAAUUCGAUGCCCUCUGCUAUGUGAUUGGCAGCACAAACUUUAAGAACUACCUGAAGGAAGCCGGCUUUCAAGUGCUUGAUGGCCCGAAUGAACCAGUCCAGGAAUCGGCCAGAGCGGUGAUGGCAAGCAUUAGCGAUGGGCAAGCCGUGAAAGCGGUGAUAGUGGACUUUGACUACAACAUGAACAACGUGAAGCUGCUUCGUGCACAGCUGUACCUGCAACACGACGCCCUGUUCAUUGCCGGCGCCAUGGACACGGUUCUGCCGCUUGGCCCCCGGAUGCGACUGAUCGGUCCGGGAUGUUACGUGGAGGUGCUGCAAAACAUUGCCGACCGCAAACCGAUCGUGCUCGGCAAGCCGGGCCUGCAAAUGAGCAAAAUGCUGAAGCGGAUGUACUCGAUCGAAGAUCCGCGCCGGGUGCUGUUCGUUGGUGAUCAGCCCGAAAUGGACGUAAAGUUUGGACACAUUUCCAACUAUCAAACGCUGCUGGUCGGUACGGGCGGUGUUAAGGAGGAACAGUUGAAGAAGUUUUCCGACAAGCCGGAUAUAACGCCCGACUACUACAUCGAGUCGUUUGCCGCGCUGGAACAGAUCGUGCGGGAGGUGGUGGUGUACAAGGCACGCAAUGGAGACAAAUCUGGCCCCUAACGAAAUGCCAAAGAUGAUGUGAUUUUCUUUUUUUUUAUCUAUAUUUAUAUUUUAUUUGUUGUAACAUACAGUUUGGGGUUAACUACGGGGUAUCUAGUGGCAUAGGACAAAGGCUAGAUGAAGGUGGGCUUGUUUGAAUAAAUACAUCUUAAUAACAAAACGGGCCUGUGCUUUAUGAUGCUAACUAGCCCUUAGCUUUCUAGCGCACCACGGUUUUGUUUGGUUUGGUGGUGAGUAAUUUUGCGAUUUUGCGAUACGCACGAGGAAGUUGCAGCACACCCACUGGCGAUGGUUUGCUAUCGUUGGCAAUGCGCGCGUACAGUGGCGGCCUAUCUUAUCGCCACUUGGAUUUUACCUGGUUAGCGUCUUCUACAGAAACAACGUGUGCACAACGUCGUCAUCGUAACGCGUUUGGGAUUUGCGUCAGAUGGAGCGUUUCUUGGUUCCAAUGCAGAACAACCUCAGAGGUCAAUUAAAUUAGAACAAGCAUCAGAACGGUUUAUCUAACUUAUCCUUGCCUGUUCAGUAGAGUCUUUUGAACCUAUGGAUUUAUCUUGGGAGAAUUAAUAAAAACUGUUUAAGAGUUAA